GGCGUUAAUAGUGUUUUGUUUCUCGCGCUAACCGCAAACGCGACGUAAGGACUCGACGUAGUGUAGUGCCCUGGAACCUGGAAAUGGAUCGCAGCUGAUGCGUUGCGUAGUGGUGGUGGCGUGAAGUUGAAGUGAAGUUAAGCAACUGAGCAAGUUUGUUGUGUUGAUCCUGACGGUGAUCCCCUGACGUGAAGUCAGACAGCAGACCGAAGAUCGUACGCACAGGACGCUGUACGAUGUGCAACCGCCAGUCGACGGAACGGAUUGAACGGAGGCAAACGCGGGCAAAUGGCGGCCGCGAUGUACGUACAGUGACCGCGACGAACGGCAGGAACGACCGGGACCGGGAAAGAGACUGAUAAGCAGGUCCCUAGGUGUGUGUGUGUGUGUGUGUGUGUCUGGGUGCCUAGGAAUGCCUAGAAUGCCCCUGGUCUCACUGACGGCGGCGACCAUCGUAAUGGCAGCACUGCCAACGCAGAAACCUCGCAUCGGAUUCAGCAUCGAAUCCAUCGUCGGCAGCCAGAGCCCCGGACCGCGACCGAAACCGAAACCGGACCGGAACCGGACACCUCCACCCACCACUGGUGGUGGUGGCGUGCUUCUGGUCGCCCACAGGACACCAGGACUGACCACGCCGAGCGAGACUUCCGAACGAGCGCCACUCGGGAGUCCCGGGAGCGACUCCAGUAGUUACCAACCGGCCACCAUCACCACCACCACCGGGGUCUACCAUCGCGAGGAUGGAGACUCGCGGAGUCACCGGGGACAGCACCUCUUCUUACCUCAGUACACGACGCCGGGACCGGAUGGUCGGCGUGUUGGUUCCGCGACACCACCGCUCGAGCUGAGUGUUAACCGUGGCCACCACCACCAGCAGCAGCAGCAACCGGCGCUCGAACUGACCAGCAACUCCAGUCGCAGCAGUCCAAGGCCGGCGUCCCAGACGUGCCUUUCGCCGGAUUCGGACUCCCGGGCUCAGCGAUCACCUCGCAGUUCUCCGCCCAUCACGCCACCACCGGUGGCCACCCGAACCGGGCCGAUCCUGGUGCCCGGUAUACCGGCCGGUCUGGUCGGCAGACCGGGUUUCCCGAUCGGUCACGCGGGAUCGUUGGAUCUCAAAUCACUGCCCGGGUUUCAGCAUCACCAUCAGCAGCAGCAGCAACAGCAACAACACUUUCUUGCGGCCGCUCAGUUCCAGGCGGCUGCCGCCCUGGCGCACGUACAGGCGCAAGCAGCUGGCGCAGGACAUGUUGGCGCUGGCCCUGUGCACGGUCAUCAUGGGGUGGUGCGCGAUAGCUAUCCGCUCUAUCCGUGGUUGCUGAGCCGCCACGGCCGUAACGUGUUCCCGCCACGCUUCCCCGGAAAUUACUUGUUACCGUUCCGCAAACCGAAACGUGUCCGGACCGCGUUCUCACCCUCGCAGCUGCUGAAGCUGGAGCACGCCUUCGAGAGCAACCACUAUGUGGUCGGUGCGGAAAGGAAAUCGUUGGCGCAGGCGCUCGGUCUCACCGAAACACAGGUCAAAGUAUGGUUCCAGAAUCGGCGCACGAAGCAUAAACGGAUGCAGCAGGAAGAGGACGCUAAAUCGGGUGAGGCCGGUGGAGGUGGCAGUGGAGCGGAUGGACGCCGGACACCGGACAGUGCGACCGGGAACUACGAGGAAGACGACCAGGAAGACGACGAGGAUGAGCUGAUCGAUAUGGAGAUGGAUGAUGAUGCUGAUGAUGGUUGUGGUAGUGAUGAUGAGCCAGGACGAAGGACGAAUUGGAGGGGUGAGGACAAAUGAUGGCGGGCGCCGGUAGCUGAUUAGAUGGGUAUACGGGAUUAGAUUAAAUGGGAGGAUGAUGAAGUUCCUUUCGAAGAGAUG